AUGGACUAUUCGUACGACGAGGACCUGGACGAGCUGUGCCCCGUGUGUGGGGACAAGGUGUCCGGCUACCACUACGGGCUGCUCACAUGCGAGAGCUGCAAGGGCUUCUUCAAGCGCACGGUGCAGAACAACAAGCACUACACGUGCACCGAGAGCCAGAGCUGCAAGAUCGACAAGACGCAGCGCAAGCGCUGUCCCUUCUGCCGCUUCCAGAAGUGCCUGACGGUGGGGAUGCGCCUGGAAGCCGUGCGUGCUGACCGCAUGCGAGGCGGCCGGAACAAGUUUGGGCCCAUGUACAAGCGGGACCGGGCUCUGAAGCAGCAGAAGAAGGCACAGAUUCGAGCCAAUGGCUUCAAGCUGGAGACAGGCCCCCCAAUGGGGGUGCCCCCGCCACCCCCUCCCCCACCGGACUACAUGCUGCCCCAUGGCCUGCAUGCAGCUGAGCCCAAGGGCCUGGCCUCCGGUCCACCAGCUGGGCCGCUGGGCGACUUUGGGGCCCCGGCGUUACCUAUGGCUGUGCCCAGCACCCACGGGCCACUGGCUGGCUACCUCUACCCUGCCUUCCCUGGCCGCGCCAUCAAGUCUGAGUACCCAGAGCCCUAUGCCAGCCCCCCACAGCCCGGGCCGCCCUACGGCUACCCAGAGCCCUUCUCGGGGGGGCCUGGCGUGCCCGAACUUAUCCUACAGCUGCUGCAGCUGGAGCCAGAUGAGGACCAGGUACGGGCACGCAUUGUGGGCUGCCUGCAGGAACCGACCAAAGGCCGCCCCGACCAGCCUGCGCCCUUCAGCCUCCUAUGCAGAAUGGCUGACCAGACCUUCAUCUCCAUCGUGGACUGGGCACGCAGGUGCAUGGUCUUCAAGGAGCUGGAGGUGGCCGACCAGAUGACACUGCUGCAGAACUGCUGGAGCGAGCUGCUGGUUUUUGACCACAUCUACCGUCAGAUUCAGCAUGGCAAGGAGGGCAGCAUCCUGCUGGUCACAGGGCAGGAGGUGGAGCUGGCCACGGUGGCCGCCCAGGCGGGCUCCCUGCUGCAUAGCCUGGUGCUUCGGGCGCAGGAGCUGGUGCUGCAGCUGCAUGCCCUGCAGUUGGAUCGCCAGGAGUUCGUCUGCCUCAAGUUCCUCAUUCUCUUCAGCCUCGAUGUGAAGUUCCUGAACAACCACAGCCUGGUGAAGGAUGCUCAGGAGAAGGCCAAUGCCGCCCUGCUCGACUACACCCUGUGCCACUACCCACACUGCGGGGACAAGUUCCAGCAGCUGCUGCUGUGCCUGGUGGAGGUGCGGGCGCUGAGCGUGCAGGCCAAGGAGUACCUGUACCACAAACACCUGGGCAACGAGAUGCCCCGGAACAACCUGCUCAUCGAGAUGCUGCAGGCCAAGCAGACUUGA